ACACAUACCUUACCUCAUCACCCUCUCCUCCUCUAACCUCACUUCCGCUCUCUUCCACGUCAAACCACCAAUCCUAAUUCUGGCUACGUCCAUGAUCAUUGCUUACUACACUUCACCACUCCCAGGAUCUCAUAAAUUUCUUCAGCUUCAAACUCAACUUCAGAAAAAGAAACUAUUGGUUCUGGAUCCAAGUGCGUUUCCAGAGUAGAAGUGAGACUAUUGGGCAUGAGAUAAACAUCAAGCACUAUCAUCUCCUGUCAUUGACACUAUUACUAUAAACAACACAAAAAUGGAGAGUGAAUGGAGCUGGGAACAAAACACACUCAUCAAUGAGCUAGUUCAAGGAAUGGAGCUAGCAAGGAAGUUGAAGGAAGACUUGAGAAUGCCGUACUCAGUUGACUCAAAAGAUAUGCUGCUGCAGAGGAUACUAUCUUCUUAUGAAAAGGCUCUACUCAUUCUGAGAUGCAAUGCAUCAACUUCCGAGUUGCAGGCCACGAGUCAAGCAACAGCAACUUUGUUGCCGGAGUCCCCAAUAUCCGUCCAUGGAAGUCCUCUGAGUGAGGAUCUUGAUGGGGCCGUCAAGGAUCACCAAGAAAUUAAACAUGAUUCAAAGAAAAGAAAGAUAACGCCCAAAUGGAUGGAUCAUGUAAGAGUGAGCUGCGAGAGUGGUCUUGAAGGACCGCAAGAAGAUGGCUACAACUGGAGAAAAUAUGGUCAAAAAGACAUCCUCGGAGCCAAAUAUCCCAGAAGUUACUAUAGGUGCACCUUCCGCAACACACAGGGUUGUUGGGCCACGAAGCAAGUGCAGAGAUCAGAUGAAGAUCCCACAAUAUUUGACAUAACCUACCGAGGAAAACAUACCUGUUCUCAAGGAAACAACGCCGUUUUGCCACCUAAGUCACCAGACAAACAAGAGAAGACACACAGUCAUAACAUUGACAUUCACCAUGCACAGGCAUCACAAGAAAACCUUACAAAGUUCAGAAACAUCUUGUCUGUCAACACAGACAAACUAGACAAUGGAGAUAUGGCAUAUCCUUUCACUUUCCCUUCGACUUCAUCAGGAUGCACGAAACAAUACAACCACAGCUUGAUUCCUUUGACCCUAGAGAAUGAGUAUUUCUUGAGCGAUCAAUACCAAACGCACCUGUUAUCUCCAACAACACCAGAAUCAAACUAUCUCCCAUCCCCAACUUUCCAGAUGAAUGAGUUUGGUGCAAUCUACAACAAGCCUUAUUCAGACUCAGAUAUUAAUGAGAUCAUUUCCACCAACACAUCAGCAACCAAUUCUCCAAUUCCCGAUUUCAAUUUCUCACUUGAUCCAGUGGAAAUUGACCCCAAUUUCCCUUUCAACACCCCAGGAUUUUUCUCCUGAUUGCACUAUAAAUGGAACACAUUGAGCAUAUAGUCUUCCUAAAAUAGGACAACUCCAGACAGAAGUAGAAUUUUAGAAUAAAGAAUCAGCAACUGCAGCACUUAUAAAUGUCAUUCCUUUUGGUCAAUAUUAGAAUUACAGUUUUGGCACAAUUUAGCAGUUUGAGGAGUGUACUUUCAAAUUUAUAGGUGCUCCAAAUUUGUAUUGC